UAAUGCACAUGGUUGCCAAGACGGUGGCAUAUAUUUGAAAUAUGAAAACAGCUGCCAUUAUGAAGUUGUUGUAUGUGGAAAGAGCAAGGAUGGUAACUGUGUAUUAUUUUGUAAAUCACCAUCUCAACAUUCACUGUCUGAUCUAGCAUCAAAUGUGUCUUUAAAGUCACGUGAGGAUUCUAGUGAGAAACUUGACUGCAGCAAUAGUACAGAGUUCAAAGAAGAAAAACAAAUGAAGGCAAAGAAAAGAUUACAUGAGGAUGAAGAAAAACAAAUGAAGGCAAAGAAAAGAUUACAUGAGGAUGAAACUUACAUUUCAAUUAUGAAAUCCAUCAAUAAAAAAUACAAGAAAAAUGAACAGCAUAAAGGAAAAGUGAAGAAAAGUGUGAACAAAUACAAAUUAAAUGAUUUACACUGCAAAGCUGUGUCAGAAAUGGAAGCGGAUGUUGACUGCAGUCAAUCUUUGACUUGUGUCACAAACACAGAUAAGAUAUCUGGGAAUGAAACGUGUGUAGAACAGAAAACAGAAACGCCUUUAUACCCAACAAAAGAAAAUUCAAGUGAUGUUGAAUUUGUUUCAGAAACUGUAAAUAUUUCUUUACAGUUUAGUCCAUUGACAUUACAGCAACAAAAGAGUGUUUGCUUAAAGCUAAACAUCGUAAACAUCAUAAAAGAAGACAAUAAUCCAAAUGAGAUUAUUGAAAUGGCUGAACCUUGUGAAACAAAAAGUAUUUUGGGUGAUGGUAAUUGCUUUUUUAGAGCAGUAGCUUUUGCUGUAAGUGGAAGUGAAGAAGAACACAGAAAAGUGAGACGGGCUGUCGUUACACACAUACUGGAGAAUGAAGAUAAAUAUGUACAUAAUCUUAGACAAGGAUACAGCUCUGUACCAGAGUACAUUGCCACAUCAAGAAUGAAAUAUGUUGGAACUUGGGCGACAGAGAUGGAAAUACAAGCAGCCAGUGAUUUAAUUGGUGUAGACAUUUUUACAUAUACUCGAGAGAAAUGGCUUAAAUAUAAAUCUUCAAACAUCUCCUCUAGACAGAGCUGUCAACACCAUGGGAUUUAUUUGAAGCAUGUGAAUAGCUGUCAUUAUGAAGUGGUUGUAUGUGUAAAAACCAACAACAAUACCUGUGCUUGCUUUUGUAAAGCAUCUUCUCAAGGUUCAGCCUAUAAUAUACAUUUAAAAGCUAGUUCAAAGCUACGUAAGCUUUAUAAGGAGAGACUGCGAUAUAGUCGUGAUCAUGAUUUUAAAGAAAAGAAAAAAAUGGAAACUAAGGAAAGAUAUGAUGAGAAUGAAACUUAUAAAGAGAAAAAAAUAAAAUGUAGUACUAAAAAAGAGAAUAACAAAUGGUACACAGAUGUUGAGUUUAACAAGACUUGGAUUAAUCCUCUGGGUAAAAUAGAAGAGGAAAUGACUGAUGAAACUGAAAACAAUGAUAUGGAAUUGGACAAUUGUGAGGAUGUGCGUAUUAACGAAGAGCAAAACAUUGACAAUGAUGAUAAUGAGAUGAGUGAUGAAACACUUCAUGAUCGACAGCAGCAUGGUUUGUUUAUGGAUUCAUGUUUGCAGCCAGUGGACAUUGCUCAAGAGGUUUUAGAUCAACACUUUGAUGGUAUUAUGUCACUUGCACCAGCAGAGGGCAAUAAUCCAAUUGUUGGUGGCACACCACACAGCCAGGUGCUGCACCUCAUCCCUGUUGUGUGA